AUGUCCAUGUUCAGCACCGGUAUCCUGGUCCUCACAUCCCCGUUACACGUUCUCCCUCUCCGCAUUGCGCCUGUCCUCACGUCAGCAGCUCAGGUGGUGGAGCGCACACUUUACGUUCAUCUCCACCCCGGCCUGAAUCUAGGCACCAGUGGGCAAGUGCGUCCCGUCUACAUCCCGCCUGUGGUGGAUCUUUGCACGCUCAUCUCCCGCCUUUACAGUAACGCGGCUGACAUUUGCGGACACCUCGAUGUCCGAGUCCUGCUCACUAACAUCCGCGGCCAAUCAGCAGCAUCGAGCGCAGCCAAUGGCCCAUUUCCAGUCCCACAAACACUGUCCCAUUCACCGGAAGUAGUGCUGACCGACUUCCCCAUCCCAGAUUCAGGACAGUCCUCACUGAUCACCCAGUGCUUACGGAAAUACGCCGGUCAUUGCUACGUCUGCACCCCGGGUUUCUCGUCAGUGCUUUUACACCCACAACUAAAAGACAUCAGAGGUGAAGAAGAUGAGGACAGAGGAGCGCAGAUGAAGCCCUUGGAGACGUUCAGUGAUGUAGUGGUUGGCGGGACGUUUGAUCGCCUACAUGGAGCCCAUAAAACCCUGCUGAAUAUUUCCUGUCUGAUGGCCAACAGACGCUUCAUCAUUGGUGUGUGUGACCAGGAACUGCUCAAGAAUAAAGUGCUAAAGGAGCUGAUCGAGCCGUAUGAUCAGCGUGUGGAGAAACUCCAUGACUUUCUGAAUGACGUGAAACCAUCGCUGAAGUAUGAAAUCGUUCCUCUCUCUGACCCCUUCGGCCCCUCUAUAACCGAGCCUGAGCUUCAGUGCAUUGUGGUCAGCGAGGAGACGAGGAAAGGCGGUGAAGCGGUCAACAAGAGGCGUGUGCAAAACGGAUUGGCUGAGCUGGUCCUCUACGAGAUCCCGCUGCUUAAAGAUGCUCAUCGGGCAGACAUCGAGGAGGAGAAGAUCAGUUCAUCCAGCCUGAGGACCAGACUGCUAGGAACACUGCUCAAACCUCCGUCUCAGGAGCCGGAUCUUCCUCUGUGUCCGUAUGUGAUCGGCCUGACGGGUGGCAGCGGCUCCGGGAAAAGCUCCAUUGCUCGCAGACUGGAGGAUCUGGGCGCUGAGAGGAUUGACUGUGACCUGCUCGGACACGAGGCCUACCUGCCGGAAACAUCCGCAUAUCACAGGGUCAUCCAGGAGUUCGGCACAGAUAUUCUCAACGAGGAUAAGAGCAUUAACAGAAGAGUGCUGGGCAGAAAAGUCUUUGGUAACCAGGAGCGUCUGAAAGCUCUGACUGAUAUCGUGUGGCCUGAGAUCGCUCGGCUAGUCAAGAAAAGAAUCGAUCAAGCUAAACAACAAGGGAAGCGUGUUUGUGUUGUGGACGCGGCUGUGCUGCUGGAGGCUGGAUGGACACACUUGGUUCAUGAGGUUUGGGUCGCAACUAUCCCAGAGGAAGAGGCAGUAAAGCGUAUUGUCCAACGUGACGGUGUGAAGGAGGAGGACGCUGUGAGGAGACUGAAGAGUCAAUGGCCGAACGCUAAGCUGAUCGAACAUGCUAACGUAGUGCUGUGCACACUGUGGGAACCAGAGGUCACCCAGAAACAGGUAUUAAAAGCCUGGAGUCUCUUACAGCAGAGGAUUCAGAAGAGACAAGAAACAAGAUCUUCACUCUGACAGCGCAAAACCAAAAGCAGAUCUCGACAGAAUUUACAGAAAUAUUUCAAAUGGACCGUCUUCCUUAGUUGAGCAUUUCUUGUGCAUUUUUUUAUUAUUUCUUGCAUAAAACUUUAGCAUAUGAGCCAGUAUAUGUACUUGUUUAGGCUUUUCUAAUGCUGUGAGUUAGAAAAGGCCUUGAGCACUUUUAUAACACCUGCAAUAUACAGUUUAUCAGUUAUUCUUGUGCCUAUAUAGUUGGUUUAUAUUUGGUUGUCAUCUUGACAUUUCAUUUACUUGUUUUUUUUUUCCAGCAGAUUUACCAAUUCAGAUUCUGAAAGCAGAUGGUUAAUAAACACUGUGCCUCUUGUAGACCAAAAUUAACUGAUUAACAUAUUGAGAUCAAGUAAAUGGCAAUUUUAGGCUAAUUUAAGACCUUUUUGUUUGAUGUAACAGUGAAUAGACAUCAUAUUGCUACAAAUAUUAUGGAGCUAUUAAAAAUUAAACUGAUUUCAAUAAAGUUAAUACAUUUUUGCCUCA